GAUGUAUGUUGCGUACAUGCAUGUAUGUAUGUAUAUACACAUGCAUGUAUGUAUGUAUAUACACAUGUAUGUAUGUAUGUAUUGAAAUGUUGAACGUUUACUAAGCAUUCUUCAGCAAAACGGCGGGAAUACUCUGUUGUAUCCUUGGCACAAUACACUGUAACUUUGCGAGACCAUACCGACCACUCACCGCAAUCAUGUCCAGAGACCUGAAGCAAACCAUGAAGAAAAUUCGACGUGGAUCUCGUGGAAAACACCAAGAUGUUACAUCGUGCAGACAUGGACAGAAAUUGAUAUUGGAUUCGAUAACAGAUGACACAGGUAUCAUCCAAAAUAACGUGCUGAUGGAACUUGGCACGCAACUCGCGAUUAAACUGAAGAUUUCCACGAAUAUGAAGCAAAAGCUAGAUAAGCGAAAGCGCGCAAAGUCUAAUGGAACUGCGGCAUGUGAAACUCAGGAGCAAGUUGCGUCAAAUUCCUCAGGAUACGAAACUGAUGUUGCGCAAGCUAACGAGGUACCAUUGCAUGCAAGUACAUCAUGGGUUUCAUUGAAUCGCGGAUCGACAGCUAACAACGCAACGUACAACAGUACUAAGCGAGACAAAGGUGAAUCUACUAAUGAGGAGAAAAAAGUGAAAGAAAGCAGGAUGAUGUCAACUAUGACAAGUCUCCCAAAAAUUGAUUCGCUUAAUACAUGCAGGUUGAUGGAUAAAGAUAUUACAGUUUGUGAAAACGAUGCAGCGAAUGUGCUAGACAAAAUGCAGAAUGCUCCUUCAAAUUGCAAGUCAAAAUUGAAAGUCAAAAUGCAAUUGGACAAAGUUGCAGUGGCUAAUUGCUUGUGUUCAUCUCAGAUACAAGAAAAACAUUUAGUCAGAAAUCAGGCUGACACUUGUGUCAAAUCAGUGAAGAAAAGUAAGAGGAAUAAGACAGCAAUGAAGGAAUCGAUUGAGAGAAAUACACAAAAAGGAUGCUGUUGCACUAAAGCAGAAACAAUAAGAGAUAGUGCUGCAAAGAAGAGCAAAAGUACACAGGAAACAAGGCAGUCUACAAGAAAUAUAUUUUCAGAUCAUAUACCUGUGUUAGAAAUGGAAGAGAUCUUGAAGAAUCAGUCAUCCGAUAAUGUACAAUAUGUAGAGGGUAUUCUUCGUGUAAACCCUAGAUAUAAUAAUUAUGCUUAUAUAAGUAUGGUGGACGAAGAGCGUGAUUUAUUAAUAAAUGGUGUAAUUGAUAGAAAUCGCGCUUUUGAUGGAGAUUUAGUUGUGGCGCGCAUAAAUUCUGAAGAGAACUGGCAACCACUUGUCAAUGGACAAAUGCAGAAGACUGGUACAGUUGUUUGUAUAUUAGAUCAAAUACAUGCGAGGAAGGUAAUUGGAUAUUUAGCACAACAUGUACAAAAACACAAACCAUAUGCGCUAAUCAAACCGAAAGAUUCAAGAAUACCAUUGAUUAGAAUAUAUUCAAAGUUGUUGCCAAAAUUAUAUCACAGUCAACCAAAUCUUUAUGAUAAUGCGAUAUUUCUUGUCGCCAUUAAUAGUUGGAUGCGGCCGAGUUACGCAUUAGGGCAAGUUCUCCGGAUAGUGGGUGAAACUGGCGACCUAAAUGCAGAAGUAGAGGCGAUAUUGCUGGAAAACAAUUUAGACGUAUCGCCGUAUCGACAAGAGCUAUUACAGGGACUUCCCGAUGAAGAUUAUGUCUUGACGGAUGCCGAUACGAAGGACAGAGAGGAUUGGAGAAACGAAUGCAUUUUCACGAUAGAUCCUGUCACAGCUGUCGACUUGGACGAUGCCAUUUCUUGUAAAAUCUUGAAAAAUGGCAACUACGAGGUUGGAGUACAUGUAUCGGACGUGACACACUAUUUGGAACUCUUCUCACCGUUGGAUAAAGAAAUUUCUAAACGAGCUACUACUGUUUAUUUGCCGCACACAUCUUAUCACAUGUUACCGGAACAGCUGUGCCAAAUUUGUUCCUUGCUGCCUGGCAAAGAUAGAUUAGCUUUCUCUGUAAUUUGGGAACUGACAUCAAAUGCUGAAAUUAUAAAACAUCGUUUCGCAAAGACUAUAAUAAGGUCAUGUUGUCAAAUAUCCUAUGAAUCUGCUCAAAUUAUGAUUGAUAGUCCCAGAGAAGCUUUAUCCGAGAAGGUUCUGGACAUAAAGGGAAGUUACACGGCGCUGUCAUUAUCCAACAUGAUGAACAAUCUAUUUAAAUUAUCGGUUACUUUGCGAAGUAAACGAUUUGAUAACGGUGCACUCAGCUUGGAACAACCAAAGUUAUAUAUAUGUAUGGAGCCCACAAUCAUUCAGGAACAAGGAACUCCAAUACCUGUUAACUAUCAAUUAGAAGAGACUAGAGACAGCAACAGGCUCGUAGAAGAAUUCAUGCUGCUGGCAAAUAUGACGGUUGCCGCACAAUUGUACAGCAAAAUUCCUGAAACAGCUUUAUUACGAGUCCAUAGAGAUCCGAUCAAGCAUAGUCUUGCAACAGCUUGCGAGACAUUGCAAAGAUACGGAGUCCAUUUGGAUAUCGAGACAGCUGGAGUCUUGCAUGCCAGUAUCCAACGCUAUAAAAAAAGCUUAUUAGAAUGUAAUUCUAGCACAAUUAAUGAUACCAUGCAACGUAUUAUGAUGGUUAUCACGAAUAUGUGUUCAAAAACAAUGACACGUGCGGAAUACAAAUGCGCAUCUACCGUUUCUUCGAUCAACGACUUGAAGCAUUACGCAUUAAAUGUGCCACUUUACACGCACUUCACCUCACCCAUUCGAAGGUACCCCGAUUGCAUAGUUCAUCGUUUGCUCUAUGCGACGAUCGAGAACAAACAUUUGCCAAGAAAAUGGACGGCUAGAUUUUGUGCUAGGAUAGCGAACAAUUGUAACGUGAAAAAAUACAGUGCAAAGCUAGCGCAAGAACAAAGUACCGAGCUAUUCUUCGUGUAUAUGGUAGGCCUUGCGGGUGGUUUUGACGCUUUGGCUAUCGUAGCAGAGGUAAAAGAACACGGUAUGGAUAUUAUUCUCUGUGAUACCGGCAUCAAAUUGAGGAUCAAUUUUAAAGAUAUAAAACACGCCACUGUAGAGUAUUCUACAGAUUCAUCAGUACCAACUGUAACCGUCCAAUGGAAGACACCUCCCGUUACACAGAAAAUCAAUAUGUUUUCUUUGAUACGUGUACGAGUGGAGAAAAUUAGCGAAAAAUUUCGCUUAAAAGCAAACCUCCUUCAACAAUAGCGAGGCGGUGCGGUAAUUGUAAAUGUAUUUUUGUUUUUGUACUUUUUACAAGGUAAAUGACUAUAUGUUUGCGUCGGCGUUUGUGUAAAGUGUGUAUUCAUGAGUAAUGAGUAACGUUCGUAAGUACGCAUUCGUAAAUGUGUAUCGGCGUGUCAAUUUUGCAGAAAAUACAUUAUUUAUAAUAUAGUUCUAAUAUAUAGUUAAUGUGUUUAUAAAUGUAUUAGCAUAUGUAGAAUAUAUAAUAAUACAUUUGCAAAUGCAUAGUUAAAAUCGCCAUUCGUUACUCGUGGAUACAUUUUGCACUAAUUUGUAAUAUAAGUUUAUAUAAUAUGACGAAUCUUAUUGCAAGAUGAAGGAUUCUUUUUUUUUUGUUUCUAUAACAUAUAUAUACUCGGAAUUGCACAUUUAUAUGUUGUAUUGGAAAAUAUCAAUUCUACAAAUUUGGAGGAUCACAGAUUAUAAUUAUUGAGAAUAUACAGAAAGGGGGGAUAACUAUUCUCUCGCAAUUAUAUUACCACACUAAAGAAUUAUAAGUUACAUCGUUGAAGUAACGUUUCAUUUCUUAAACGUAUUACACAUGUGUAUACGUAUAGCGCUUUUAUAUAGAGGAUACUUUCUUUAUCAUUACUGUAUAUUAAAAAACUGAAUGAAGCACAUAAGAGUCUCAUUUGAGAGACUAAAUUUGUAUAUAUAACCUACUUUUAUCAAUUGUAAAUUUAAAUUAUUUUUAAUUUAAAUGAUAUACAUUGCGUAUAUCGUUUUUACGAUGUGAUCUUCCGAUUCGAUAAGAGAUCAAAAAUAUCUUUUUAUACUAUUUUAUACGAUUGAUAUGUUAAUUUCUUAAGCAUGAAAUCCAAAUACACAUUCGUUUUUUUACGCGCGCAGAUAAUAAAGCAUCUGAAGCAGUACUUACUGAAUCGCUGUUAAAUAUGAUAUAUACUUUAGCGAGAGACAUGCGAAUUUUUGUUAUUGUAAACACACGUAAAAAUGGCUGGCAAGUGGAGUCUCUGUCUGUCUGCUGCUGUGUGUGUGUGUGUGUGUGUGCGUGCGUGCGUGUGUGCGUGCGCGCAAUUGAUUCACGCUUGGCUCUGAUCGAUAUCAUCGCAUCGUUUCACAAAUUAAUAUCAAGACACGUAGAUGCGUUUAUAUUGCAGACAAUAUAGCAUCUUUUAUUGUAAAAUAUUGAUUUAUUGUAAAUACGAUGUAUAUGUGUACCAUAAUCGGAUGCAUUUAUGCUGUCUGGCGCACCCACACUCAUUUUCCUAUUAAUAUCGACACUUGUAAUAUACUUGUCAUUUGUCUACUCGCUUGUGUGUAAUCGACGGCAUAACUCUACGUAAGAGUUUCAUUGCUUUAUUAUAACGAGAAAGAUUAAUAAAUUGCACGUAAAAUCUUGCAAAUGCCGACGCAUCGAUGAAAUUAAUGCACCCGAUUAUAUAUACUGUGUGUCAUAAGAUAUCGAUGUGUGUGAGAGAGAAACUUGUGCAUAAAUAUUACAUAAAUCUGUCUUAAUGUGGUCAGCCUAAGAACUUUAUAAUAAUAUACACGAAAUUUCACUUUAAUUUGUACAACAAAACACUUGAUAUGUUCAAAAUAAUUGCCUGCCAAAUAUACAGAUUUCUAUAAAUUCUACCAAAAUGAA